AUGGCUUCCCUGGGGGAGGCCGGCGUCGCGUACGGCAGCCCCGCGAGCGCGGAUGCUCCCCCCAUGGUGGUGUACCGCCCCUUUGACUGCUGGGCCGCCAACAGCGACUGGUCGGUGCAGCUGCCGCGCGACGAGGCGCCCACCUGCAUCGCGGCCGGCCGCAGCUUCGUCGCCGUCGCCACCUCCGCGCAGCUGCUGCGCAUCUACUCCCCCUCCGGCCGCCAGCUCGCCGCGCUUUCCCUGCCCGGCCCCGCCGUCGCGCUGGCCGCGGCGGGGCACGCGCUGCUGGCCGCCCACCAAGCGGCCUCCCCCUGCUGGGAGGCGCCGGAGGCGGGGUCGCAGCGCCUGGCGUACUUGCUGCUCGAUGUGGCACGGCACGCGCAGCUCGCGUCGGGCCCGCUCCCGCUCGCGCGCGGCGCGCCGCUGGCGUGGCUCGGUUUUAGCGAGGAGGGUCUGCCGGCGGCGGCGGACGGCGCGGGGGUGGUGCGGCUGCGGACGGCGGAGUGGGGGGGCGCGUGGGUGCCGGUGUUUGACGCGCGGCUGGCGCGGUCAGAGGGCGGGUCCGAGGUGUUCUGGCCCGUGUCCAUCAGCUGCCGCGAGCUGACCUGCGUCGUCACGUCGCAGGCGGCGCCGCACCCGCCGGUGCAGCCGCGCCCGGUGCUCAGCGUGCGGCCGCUGCAGGUCCCCCUCGCCGCCGCGGAGGGCGCCCCCUCGGACCUGGAGGACGAGGCGCUGCGCCUGGGACUCAGGGCCGCACACAUCAGGGCGGCAGCUGCAGAGGCAGACGUUUAUCAGCUGCAGCCGGGAAUUUCGGCGGGUGCUGCCGCGGCUCCUGGUCUGUGA